AUGCUAGAACACAUUGAGGGUCGUCUCACGUUUCCGUCCCCACCAGCAGCGAAUUGUCUGUUUGACGAGACAACAGCGUGGUAUUACUUCCUCGCGGACAUCGCCACCCGGCGUUUGAUCAACCGCAUCAUCGAUGCCAAGGUCGAAAUAUCGGCGUGUCCUAGCGAAGCGCAAGCCAGGUCUUUGCUACGAUUGUACGAGGGUUUUGGCUCACAGCUGCAAGACUGGUAUCUAUCCCUUCCACCAGAAAUAUCGUUUCCUCCGCCGGAUGCAACUACCGCACUCGAGCCAAACAUUUACAAAAGCAUCCUUCGUUCGAGGUAUCUCUUUAUCAAGGAGCUUUUGUGCCGGCCGUUCGUUCGGCUGUGUCUCAAUUAUGACCUUGAACUUUCCAGUGCUCUGGAAGAUGAGAUAGUCAGUAUAGCUUCCCAGGGUCUUCAGUAUCGCGCCUGGAGACUCAAGGCUAUGGACCGGAUGAACAAGAUCGAUCAUGGACUGUGGAUAUGGAUUCGGAAUAGUACAGGUUGUUCCAUGAUACUCAUUGGCGCUGCUCGGAGCCUCCAGUUCCAAUCUACCACUGUAUCUCGGCGACUGGUUCUUCCUCAAGACUGGCGCGAGAUUGUUGUUUCCUUUUUAAAUGGGCUUGAGAAGUAUGCUCGCGAAACGAGAGGGGGCGUAGCUUCACUCUAUCGACUUGGGAGAUGUGGUCUUAACGGGUUCUAG